AUGUCUUUGACGCCACCAGCACCGCCACCAGAUGCUUCGGGGUCCUUUAGCUCGUCUGGGACGCUCAAGAACAAAAGUGAGUGCGUCAAGGUUGUGGUGCGGGUACGGCCGCUGAGUGGUAAGGAGAUCAGCGAAGGGCGCGAGGUCAUCGUGCAGAUGGACGUGAAACGCCAUGUGGCCAUCCUCACCCGGCCUGGGGGCUCUGAACGCGACGCCAAGGACUUUACCUUUGAUGCCGUUUUUGACGCAAACAUGUCACAGCAGCAGAUCUUUGACGACACAGCGGCUGAUAUCUUGGACAGCGUCAUGGAUGGCUUCAAUGGCACUAUUUUUGCCUAUGGGCAGACAGGUGCCGGCAAGUCACACACCAUGACUGGCCCCACGGACGGACCGCCUGAGCUCCAAGGCUUACUGCCGCGCUCUUUUAACCACAUCUUCAACAACAUUGACACCACUUCUCAAGACACCAAGUACUUGGUUCGUGGUUCCUACUUGGAGAUUUACAAUGAGGAGAUCAGAGACUUGUUGGCCAAAAACCCUAAGCAGCGUUGCGAACUCAAGGACCACCCCCAAGGCGGUGUGUACGUGAAGGACCUGUCAGCCUUCGUGGUGAAGAACACCGAGGAGAUGCACCAGGCAGGCUUAGAGUUCCUUAGCAUUUUCCAUGUCUUCCCUCAUGCAGUGGAACCGCCCCCACCUAUGAACUACCACCUUCGUGCCACCUCUGGUGCCAUGGAGCUUUUCACCUGGACGGCUCCCACACUGGCCUUGCCACUGGCUGUGCCACCCGCGCUGGACCGACGCGACCCCGGCCUUCACGGGCCAUGCAGUUUUGUGGCGGUUGCCUUGCGCGCGAAGAAGGCCAAGGCAAAGCAGAAGCCUUUGAAGCCGAAGCCCGUGAAGCCAACAGCGAAGCGCUCCAGCCCAAAUGCAGUGCGGGUGUAUCCAGCCGAGGACGUCUUCUCCCUAGAUGUGGAAUGUGUGGCGGUGGGCAAGACGCAUGAGAAGAGUGACCGAAUGCCCUGCUCCUAUGCGUUGGUGGAUGGUCAUGGAAGGGUGGUGAAAAGGACCUUGAUCCAGCCAUCCAAACCAGUAGUCAGCUACUUGACGCCCUUCACAGGGCUCAGGGAGGGCGAUCUCUCUGAGACAAAGGCCCUGAGCCUUGAUCGAGCGCGGAGGGAGCUUCAGGAGUUGCUACCGAGGAGGGCGAUUUUAGUUGGUCAAGAGCCGCAAGGCGACAUCGACUGGAUGAAUUUGAAAGAGAACCAGGACUUUACUGGGACAGUGAAUCUCUCAGAAGUCUUCACCAAUGACCAAGGGAUGGUUUUCUCCCUGCGUCACGAGGCGAGGGUGCUGCUGGGGCUUGAGCCGGACUCUGCUGUGCACGACCCCAGCUGGGACGCGAUUCUCGGUGCCGGGCCAGGGGUGUGGGAUGCAGAAUGGUUGCGGAAUGUUGGUAUGGUGGAAGUCAGUGAAAGUAUCCACGAAUAUCCACGAAUCGCAUUGGUCAGGUCCUCGAGAUCGCACUCCAUCUUCAUGAUCACGGUGGAGCAAUGCGGUCUUGGCACGGAUGGUGCUGGCCACAUUCGGGUGGGGAAGCUGAACAUGGUGGACUUGGCGGGCUCUGAGCGACAGAGCAAGACAGGUGCCACGGGCGAACGCCUCAAAGAGGCAACAAAGAUCAACCUCUCCUUGUCUGCACUGGGGAAUGUGAUCUCUGCGCUUGUGGAUGGGAAGUCAUCCCACAUCCCAUACCGAGACUCCAAGCUCACCCGGUUGUUGCAGGACUCCUUGGGCGGCAACACAAAGACCGUUAUGGUGGCCAAUGUCGGGCCUGCAGAUUACAAUUAUGAUGAGACCGCAUCAACUUUGCGGUACGCAUACCGUGCAAAGAGCAUUAAAAACAAGCCCCGAAUCAACGAAGAUCCAAAGGACGCGAUGAUCCGGGAGUACCAAGAGGAGAUUAUGAGACUCAAGGCGGAGCUUGAAGCGGCCGGUGGAGAGGUGGACGAGCAUGGCAUGCCCAUCAAUCCGCUUGUACCGCGGGUAGAGAAGCAAGUAGAGUACGUAGAGAAGAUCGUCGAGAGAACUGUGGAGAAGGAGGUCAUCGUGGAGCAAGGGCCAAGCCCAGAGGAGGUGGCCGCGAUGGAGGCCCAGCUGCGGCUCCAGAACGAGGAAGCGCGGCAGAAGGCCGAGGCAAAGCGUCGUGAGGUUGAGGCUUUGCGGGAUGUGGCUGAGUCAGAGAGGUUGCGCUUGAUGGCCCAGAUUGAUGAGCAGGAACAAAUUUCAAUGCAGGAGCAACAGCACAAACUUGAGCUCCAGGUGGAGUGGUGA